UGUCAUACAAAUACCCAAAAGAGAGAAGAAAAAAAGGUAUGGUAUGUAUGUACCUAUGGUUACCUCUACCGCCGGGGUUCGGGAUUGCUAUAGGCUGCUGCUAUGGUUGCAUUGGAAGCGCCAACGGCCAAUCGAAUCAGGAACCUAUAGGUAACCUGCGACUUUUCUGGUUCUUUUUUCCAAUCUUGACCCGCUUGCUGGUCUGCUUAUCUGUAGAUACCUUAGGUAAGUACCUACUCCGCUCCGGGCUUUGCGGAUGAUCAC